CAAAAUGAAAUUUCGAACAAAAUAUAUCAAAAGAUUUGGCGCAAAUUUUAUAAGCCUACGUCAUUUUUAAAAUAUGUAAACGUCAUAAAUGAAAAACGGCUCGGUGCCAUGAAGCACAAGGGAAAAUUUAUUUCUGUGCGAAAGCAAAAUCGCUUGGAAAAUUUAAAACGAAAGGAAAACGCUUCCGUAAAUGAUGGAAAGAAAGAGCAAAAAGGCACAGAUGAACAAAAAGACAAAAAUGAUUCCUGGGCCGAGGGGAGAAGAAUAGUAGAGCUAAGCGUAUUGGCUCAAGGUUUGAAGGAGUGCGUUUUCUGCAAAGACAACUUAAGAUUAGAUGCUUGUGUUGACGAGACAAAGUAUGGAUUGGCGUCUAUUCUGUACGUAAAAUGUGUAAAAUGCAACAACUUGAAUUCAGUGCCUACCGGUAAGAGACACACAACGAAUGUGGAUGGGAAAGGACCGCCUAGAUGCUUUGACGUUAAUACAAAGCUUGCUGCAGCAAUGCUGCAUGCUGGUAUUGGUGAACAGCAGGUUAACAAUAUCCUCGCAGAGCUUAACCUUCCCUCUAUUCACCACAAAACUCUAAAAGAACGGGAAAGAGAAAUAGGAUGUGUUAUGGAGGAUAUCGCAGAGAAUUCUUGUAAUGCUGCAAUUCAGGCUGAAAUCAUUUGUUCUAAUAGCGGAGACGCUCCAGAUCUAAGUUGCAGCGAGGGUGCAGAGGUUUCAUGCGACGGUGGCUGGCAGAAAAAAAGGAACAGGACGCAAUUAUAA